UCGCGCUAUCUAAUUAUGCGAAGAUCGCCGAGUCACGGAGCGAGCAACGGUAGGACUCCGGAGCCACAAGCCAUACCUCCGUGCAAGCCGCCGCCCUCUCGACCGCCGGUCACGCCGGGCAGUAUCGAUGAACCAUCUGGUGGGACCAUCGGCGCCGGUAGCAGCUCCGCCAACAAUAGCACUAAUGCUAGCAACAAUAACAACAGCAGCAGCAUUGCCGGAACGCCGACCAAUACUGCAAGCAUCUUAGCGACUCCGACCGCGCGUCAAUCGAAAUCGAUCCGUCCAUCGGGCACGUUGCCCGCGGUGCUGGCCGGAGGGCGAAGGGUGCAGCCACCCAUGCCCCCGGUACCACCUCCGGCGAUGACGUCCCUUCACAGCAGCAACGACAGCGGCUUCUCCAACGAGCCCCCAGUACAGCCCGAUGUCGAUUACAGCGACGACGAGGCGUUGAGACGGCGCCGGAAGCCGCGAACCGGAGGAGAUCGUUCUUCCCCGAAGGACGAGAAGCAGUCGAAGGAGUGGGAGAAUGACUCCUGGAAAACGAUCCCACGCGAUGAGAAGUCUUGGCAGCUGUAUCGCACAGCGAUGGAUCUCUGGGCGGAGUCUAAGGCCAACCAGGUAGGCGAAGACUCGAAGAAGUACUUCGAAAUGGAGAAUGGCGAUUUUACGUUGGAGAACGGCGAUAUGAAGAAAAGGAAGAACAAGAAAACUGCGCAAGCACCGAAUGAACGUCCCAGCCCGAAUCAGCGCACCAAGAUGAUGGACGAGCGAAGUAUCCCCGCCGCUACUCGUCGUGGUGAUCAGCGACGCGUCGACAAGCGGACGCAAGCGGAAACUGAGGAAGACGAGCUCGAGGACGAGGAGGAAUUUGGCGGUGAGUACCAUAGCAACAACAAGUUCUACACAGAUAAUCAAGAAACUCAACAGGAGCGAAGAGGCACUUUUGAAGCGGAGAAAUACGCCAAGUCCACGAGCUCGUCGUCAGACUCCGACGACGAGAGCACCAUCACCAUACCGGAGCCGGGCCGCAAGGUAGAACAUAUAGCGCAGAAGCUCGAGCAGACCGCGCAGAAGUAUGCGCGCGAGCAUAGCCCACCCAAGUUCCUCGAGCGCCGCGAGAGAUCCACGACAGAGUACAAGAGCCUCGAGAGAGAAACGCGCGAGACGGCUCUUUCGCGCGAUCGUCGCGAGAGACCCGCUAUGGAAUACAAAAGUCUGGAGCGCGGUCGAGACGGCGGCCAGAGAAACUUGGAGCAGGCUCGUCGCGACGACAAGGCGCGCUUACGAGAUGACAAGCGCGUGCGGGACGAUAAGCACUCAUUCGAGCGGGGUUCCCGCGAGGACAAGCCGAACUUCGAGCGCACGAGAGAGGACAAACAGAGCUUUGAGCGCUCGAGGGAGGAGAAGCAAAACUUGGAGCGCACAAGGGAGGACAAACAAGGCUUUGAACGCUCGAGGGAGGAUAAGCAAGUAUUCGAUCUCCCGAGAGAAGACAAACAGGGUUUCCAGCGGCCACGCGAGAACACGCAAUCGUACGAGCGAGCCCACGCUCGCUCCAGAAACGAGCAAGAGCGCGCGUAUAUGGAACAGCGGAAGGAAGUAAUGGGUUACGAACGAACGUUCGAGAAGAACCGCAACAAGACGGUCGAGCGACUGUCCAGCCGACGAUUCGAGCGACCACGGCCACCGUCGCAAGAGGCUCCGGAACGGCCCUCGAUGGGGCCUUAUCGAGAGCGUAGAUACUCCGAUAAGGAGGAGGCGAUUUACGGAGAGACCGGCCGAUACGGAGUAGGCUCGCUCGAGAGGGAUCGCGGUUACGAAUCAAAUUUCGAGACAAAGUUGGAGAGGACAAAGGCGAUCGAAAGACACGGUUACCACUCGGGCCUAUACGGUCCGGGUCUUCAGAAACGAAACGCCGUACCGAGGAUCAAUGAACGAAGUAACGGCGACACCAAUAAUAAUACGCUGAAAGUUGAGCGGAAACCUGUAUCGCCGCGACAGGCGACCGCUAUGAGCCAUCUCUCGCAAACCGGAAGAGCCUACGAUGAGUCGAAGAGCCCGAAGCUCGUGAAACGGACCAAGUCCUUUUGGAAAUUCCGCCGCGACUCGGAGGUGCUGGAGGGUAUGGCGCUCUGGCAACAUCGCUCGCUCGUGGACAUCCCGAAGAUGAUCCGGAAGGAGGACAAGACGGCGGAGAACGAGGAGCGGCAGAGAAACUCCGAGGGCGGUAGCCCAAAUUCAAGCCUGGGUAACAGCGAGGGCACCAUCACGAACGAGCACCGGCAUGAGGAACCCAAGCCGGCCGAGAGAAGCCAUGUGCCUGACAAGACGGAUUACUUCGAGGACUUCCCAACACCAGCGGAACGGUCCAAGAUCACGGAAAGAUCAGAAUAUAGGAUGCAGCAGCAGCAGCAAAAGGAGCUUACGUAUUUUGUCGGAAACGUAUCGCGAAAGGCAAUUAUCGAGAAGGAACGAAGGCGUAGCCUUGAGGCGAAGCGGAACAUGAUUGUAGCUGAGCUGAAGGAGAACAACGAGAACAAGCGGCAAGGAAUGACGCGCGGUAGGAGAAACUACGACGAGGAAGACGCGACGUUGAAUUUCAGCGAGACUGAGGCCUCCGAUGAGGAGUCUACAUACAGUUGUAUCGUCGUGAAGGACCAGAGCAUACUGGAAAAGACGUUGCUACCAAGGACCAAGCUGAGAAGAGAGUCCGACCGAGAUAGAAAUAACUGCGGGCCCUGGUACGAUCUCUGGGGCAUGGACGCAUCCGUCAAUAAGAAAAAGAAGAAGCAGAAGCAGCAGUAAGUGAAACGACAGUUAUGAAGAAAAUGCUGAAGCUGAAUAUAUAUAUUGAGCUUAAAAAAAUGACGAGGAGUCGAUGUAUCUUUUAAGAGAUGAAGACAUUGAACACAAUGUAGCAAAGACAAAAAAAGGAAGAUUGGAUAUAAUCAAGAAGAAAAACCAAUUAGCCUCAUAUUGCCAUGUGAAAAACGACGAGGAAGAGGAGGCUCCCACUGCAUACAAUUUUAUUUUAAUUUUUCGUUAGUUUAGAUGUACCCAUAAAAUGCGAGCGAGAGCUAACUGAUUCAAACCUGAAUCAGCGAACGAACAAUUGUUACCAUUUUCGUUAUUAGUUUCACCUCAAUUCUCCCAAGUUCUGCCAGUUAUCUUGCCACCUGCCCAUGAGCAAACUCUCGAAUGAUCGAUUCAACAUCCUAUUGUGACGUUUACAUUGGCUAAUCCCUUCCUAGUGCUUUGUGUUGUCUUCAAUGAUUGGCUGUUGAUGUUGUAGGAGCUUGCAGCAUCGUCGAAGAAGGCGUUCGAUACACUUUUGCGACGACUUCUAGGCGACUUUUCUCUUCGAAACAGAGCGAGCGACUUUGCUGGAUGAUACAUCGCCAUCGUGGCUCGUGUUGUUGUUCAUCACUGCUGCACGCGUUAGCUUCCUUCGGUUAUCGCUGGCAUAGUACAAGUUAUUUGCUAGAUUAUUCGCAACUGUUUCAAACUUUUGCCACUUUUUAGUUUUAUCAGUCGCUUUAAUUGUAUUGAUUUAAUGUUGCACGUAUUUUCUGGAUAUAUAUUCAGAAUUCAAGAAAGCUUUUGAUUAAAUAUUAUUUGUAUAACCGUCGAAGAACAAACUGAAAGACGGCGGCCGGAUUAAUUUUAAUCGACAUUUCUCAGAUAUAAUUUAUUUAUAAAUAUUUGUGGACUUACGAAUUUCAGAUGACCUGGUUGUUAUCAGAUUAAUCGAUUUCAAUUGAAUUUGCUUGUUCUAUAAAAGACAUCAAAUAAUAUUCCAAAAUAAACGGGGUAAUAAAAAGUCUUUAAUGCGUACACUCUAGAGGAAGAAAGUUACUCAUUACAAAAUUUCUUAGACGCUCGUCGAAAAAUCCAGUUCGUGAUCGUAUUCGUGAUCGUCCAACAAUUACGAAUGUGCAUUCCGAGCCCUGAUUAACUGUAAUUAACGCCUUUCAGGACUAACAUAUUCGCGACUGUGAAGCUGCGAAAGACGAAGACUAACGACCGCUCGGCACCAGCGCUCUCAUGAGACAAGCUUUUUUCCUAGAUCACGCGUCUCUUGCGAUCCAGUAGCGAUCCCAUAAUGCGGAAACGGGUGUGUCUCUCUCGUUGAACAAGUUCCUUCGUCGCGCAGCUCUCCACGCGAGACGAGAAUCGACUGCCACGCGAUUAUAUCUGUCCAUGAAUCCCUCUCAAAGUGAAAAUACGGCGCUAACCCUUUCCGUAUCCGUAUGCCAUAUAUGGUAUAUUGCAUCUGCACUUUUUUUACAAUUUCUCUCGAGUAUAACACCCAUUUAGGAACCACCGCAUGUGGAAGUGGAACGACAUAUGGAGGCAGCUUGCAGGUUUCCGACGUUAAAUAAAGCGUUGCGGCACGGUUCUACAGCGCCAAACGAAGGAUUAGCACUAUAACAAUGUUAGUUUUAUACUAUUAAAUAAAAAAUCAGCACCGCAAGUGCGGUUCUACGGUAAAAUAAAGGAGACAGCUAAGUUAACUACGAAACGAGUUUUUCCACUGUUAACUAUACAUGUUAACACGAUUCUAUAAGUGUCGAAUGAAAAACUCACGCAGUAAAAGUGGAUCGAGUCCGUUCAUAUAGUUCCACAUAAAAUCAAACUUGAAAUAGACCUAUAUAUGAAUUACGGACUUGCUUUAUUCUUAUUCUCAAGUCUUUUAAUAUAGCAGCAAGUAGAGCUCUUCCGAUAACUCGUACAACGAGUUAGAAAUAAGUGAAGAGAAAUCAUUGAAACUUCUACAUUUACUGCUCUAUCAAUGUAUUAUAUUUAAUAUUCUACUUAAUAUACACUUAAUAUUUGGUACUGAAAGGGUUAAUGUCCGAGAAUUUGAUAUAUUUAGAUUUUUUGUGUGCAACACGUCAUUUUUAAACCCGCGUUUUUAAACGUUUUUCAAUAUGCAUUUUAAAGUACAUAUAUAUAGAUUAAGAGUAUGUUAAAAUAAUAUAUUCCAGUGUGUAAUUUAGGCGCGAAACGAAAAAAAGACGUCCAGUUUGGAAUGGAGAUGGGUUUUAAGGUAACCACUUUUUGUAAUUUAAAGUAGUUAAGAAUUCGAAGAAAACGCAAAAAAGCGACAGAUGUUAAUAUAUUAUGAAUAAUAUAUUAUAAUUAUACACGUUAUAUAUAUAUAUAUAUAUAAGCAAUCGCGCGCUCGAAUUUGAUUUCGGCGGUUUGGGUUAGGCUAGACUAAAAUAAAGCUGUUGUAAUAAGAAUCAUGUAUACAUACGCAUAUACGUUAUAUAUAUUAUAUAUAUUAUUGUUAUUAUAUACAUCAGUUUUUUAACGUA